AUGAAGCGGGAAUUGCGCAGUAUGUGCGGAGGUAAAGAAUUGCAAGAAGUCCUGUUCCCCUCCCCCCAUGUCUUCAUACGGUGGCCCGGAACUGGCUCGCAGACUGCCAUCAUUGCUUCAGGUCGUGGUAGGGGGUUCGCCUCCUUCCAUUCAAGUCUCCACGAUAAGCGGCAGGAUGGCCUGACCUCAUUGGUCCGUGUUCCUUCUAAGGACGAGCCUUCAGGAGCGGAGAUAGCUCCCACUGUUCUCCUGCCCUCAAUCGCAAGAAAGUUGAGGAAGGAAGAAGACCAGCAGGAAGAAGAUAGGAGACCUGAAGGCCUUUGA